AGUUUCCCUGUACUGAAUUUCCUUAUUCUGCUCAAGAAUAAGUCAUGGGUCCAGUCCCAUUCUGGUCAGCAUAGGAGCUUGGAUCUCCUCCAUUUCUGAUCUAGGUCAAUUUGAACCUUCUUAGACAAUAUUAGACUAUCCUUGACUCUCACUUGAUUCACCCCUUCUCCACUGGAGGUAGGGGUGAGAAUCUUCCCAUGUUAAAGCUAUACUUGAUGUAGAACAAAAUUAGAACUCAGAACUCCCAUGGUCAGGAGCUUGGCCAGCCUCAUUCUUCCUAGUUAUAGGAUACCAGUACACCCAACUUGACAGGUAUUUCAUUGUCAUUUUCUUUUAUUUGUAGUCAUUUUCAGAUCCUGUGACAUAAAAUCAUAGGCCAUGGAAAAAAGGCAGCCUAGAGAUAAUCUAAUUUAAUCAAUAUACAGAUAGCUUGUUUUCCACUCGUACUGUGUCCUUCAGGGUUCAGAUAACUUUUAUAAGCUGGUGCCAGUAAUGCCAGAAGCUGUUUCUAGAGUCUUGGCAUGCCAUAAGCCAGAUGUAUUCUUUUCCUAGGGAAGCUGCAAAAAGUAUAGCUUGUCUAAUAAAAACUAAGUAUCUUGAGGGCAGGGCCUUUCAAACUCUAUUUCCUGGGGCACUUAAAGUAAUUUUUUGCAUACAGUAUGCAUCUAAUAAAUAUUUGAGAUACUUUUGAAGAUAACCCUGGAAGGGGCAUGGGUUUGGGGUAAGAAUAGUUGAGGAAAUAGGUCUUUCCUCUUCCUCCUCCAAUCUUAAAAACUUCUUUCAAAUAUGUUUCUUUCUAUGGUUAUCUCAGGAGUCCCAGCUUCCUACUUUCUCGUACUGCAUAUCAGAAUUUGUCACCAUUGCCCUGACCCGUAAAAACUAUGCUUGAAGUCAUUUGGCUUUUCCCCAUUCUGGACUUGGGGUUUCUAGAAUUAACUAAAUUAGGACAAACUCCAAAUACUGGAGGUCCACUGAGAAUCGGUCCACAUUUUCCAUUUAAAAUGGUGUGUGAACUUUUUAAAACAAUUGGCCUUUAAUUCCUUGAAUUGUGUAAAAGGGGUCCAUUAGAAAGGGCUGGAUUUCUAUAUUUGGAAAGAUUGGAAUGGCAGUAGGUUCUAAGAGUAUCCAGCCUAUCAGCCUGGGCUCCCAAGUCUAGGUUCUGACCAGUUGUAGAAAACUCAAUUCUUUAUCCAGGCUGCCUGAAAUCCUUAUGUUCAUUGACCUACUAGAUCUACUGGAUCUUUCAGAUUCUGAACCAGAGGGAGGGAAAUCAUCGCCGAGCCAGCUCCUAGGAGUGGCUGGGCUCGGGAUGUCCAGGAUCUCCAGGUUCCUGGACCAAAGGUUCCUUCCCCUCCCCCUUCGCCCCCCCACCCGCCAUAGAUUUCCAUCUCUGAAGGAGAGCAAAGAAUUUCUCACGGCUUUUGUCGACACCCCGCAAGGUGGAGGUGGUGCUGUCGGGGCUUCGGUGCCGCUUCAGAGCCGGGCUCCGCCCCCGCAGGUUCCCCCCGCCUUUCUCGUGUUUGGGGUACUGCACCAGGAGGGAGGGAGUUGCCCCCCAGGCUCGCCUCCACCUCCGCUCUCCGCGCAAGAGGCCCUUCCCGCUGCCAAUAUAAGGAGCAGGCGGGCCCCUCGGAGGCUCAGAGCUCCUGUGUCAGAGGGGGCACCGCCGCUGGUUCUCUUCAGUGGGUCUCGCCUGCGCUCCCCGAUGCCUGCCUCAGGGAAGCUGGUAGCGGCCAUCCUGGCGCUCGGCCUCCUGCUGGUGCCCCCCGGUCACGCCUGGUACAAGCAAUCGGCCGGACCCAGCUACUACUCCGUGGGCCGCGCGUCGGGGCUGCUGUCCGGCAUCCGCCGCUCCCCUUAUGCCCGGCGCUCUGACCCGGUGCAGGACAGCGGAGACAUGGCGAACGGCGCCUUUCCCGAGCCUCGAACCAGCCUUCGGAGCCUGGCGGUGUGCGUGAAGGACAUCGCUCCGAAUCUGCAGAGCUGCGAGCUGCUCCCCGACGGGCUCGGGACUUUUCAGUGCAAGGCGGACGUUUUCCUGUCUCUGGACUCGGCUGACUGUCUCAGUCCCUGAUCUCUCCCGUCCCCAGCCGUCCCUGGGAUGGAAAUUGUAGAGUUGGAGCCUCGAUUCUCACCCGCCCACCCCUUCUUACCCCAAAAUGAAUAAAGUGAAACAAUGAAACCGCGGCAGAGUCUGUGUGUGUGCGCUGGGUCCUGGGGGCGAGGGUGGGGGGAGGGGGAUGACCCUCGGGAGUUCUCAAAAGGGAGUUUCCGAGAUGGUAUUUACUGCAAAAUAGCGCUGGGAUCCCCGUCCCCUCCCAGUUCUUCCCUCUUCAUUUUCCCUCGUCUGGUGGAACGAACGCGCGCCCGCGCACACCCACUCUCUGUUAUUCGUGGACUUGGCUAUAGGUCUUGAUUCCCCGAGGGAUUUGUGUUGUGUUUGAAGCUGGCUUGUGGUUGGACAAGAAAUCUUGCUUUCUUCCUGGUCCUUUCCGGUAAGGAAGAAGAAAGAUACAAUAUUGACCCUAGCUGGUUUAUUUUUAAUUGGACCAGGAGGAAAGGGGAGAAAGGAAAAACAUUCAUAACUAAAUCUUAGGGUGAUAAGGAACCCAAAACGAAAAGAAAUUUAUGAGAAACCAAAAUAAAUAAAAUUGAAUUUUAAAAAGUGGUAAUGAUAUAUAUAGUGGGGAAAUGGUUAUGUAAAUCCCAGUUCUUCCUGUAUGACCUUUAUGUCUCUGGACCUCAUUUUCCCCAUGUAAAAUUAAGGGAUUAGAAUGGAUGGUCUCUGAAGUUUCUUCCAGGUUUAAAUCUAUGAUCCUGUUGUGGGAAGGCUGAACCUCUCCCCCCUCCUUCCCGUAUAGCAUGGGGUACACUAUUUAUCAUUGUGUGGCUGGAAGGGAACAAAAAUAGAUAUCUUUAGUCACUUAUCCCCAACCCUUCUCCAAGAGCGACUAUUUCCUACUAGAAAGGAAAACAGAAAGUUGGGACCAGAAGCUAGAGAAAGAUUAGAAUCUGCUCCCUUAAAUAUUAUUAGUCUACAGCAAGGCUUCUUAAACUUUUUCCACUCAUAAUCCCUUUUUGCCUGAAGAAUUCUCUAUGACCCAGGGGUAUAUGGAUAUGUAAAAUAGAUAUAAAAAUCAAAUGUUUACAAUAGUAAAUCAUAAAGUCAGGACUCCCGCAUUCAGUUGUUACAAGACCCACAGUUUAAGAAGCUUUGUUCUAAGAAAUGUAGUCCAAUCCAACU